GCCCCGCCCCGUGCCAGGCCUGCGAAUCCCGAGGCGACCAGGCCUUGGUGAUUUGGGCUCUCUGAGGUAAUGCCGGGGAAGGCGGGGAGCAUGGGAGAGGCGGAAGCGGGCGUGGAGGAGUCGUGCGCCGAAGAGUACGGCCCUGAAGAGUACGGCCGGGAAGAUUCAGGCGCCGAGGAGUCCGACCCGGAAGAAUCCGACGCGGAGGAGUCGGGUGCCGAGGCGGACAUGGAGGCGGGGCGGCUGUUGCCAGUCCUGCGGUCGGUGAACUCCUGCGAGCCGUCCCAGGUCAUCUUCUGCAACCGCAGCCCGCGCGUCGUGCUGCCUGUGUGGCUCAACUUCGACGGCGAGCCGGAACCCUACCCGACACUGCCGCCCGGCAUGGGCCGCCGCAUCCACAGCUACCUAGGUCACCUGUGGCUCUUCAGAGAUGCAGGGACAUACGAUGGGCUUCUGGUUAACCAAACUGAAUUAUUUGUGCCAUCCCUCAAUGUUGAUGGAAAGCCUAUUUUAGCCACCAUCACAUUACCAGUGUAUACCCUGAAAGAGCGGUGCCUCCAGGUUGUUCGAAGCCUAGUCAAACCUGAGAAUUACAGGAGAUUGGACAUUGUCAGAUCACUCUAUGAAGAUCUGGAAGACCACCCAAACGUGAGGAAAGACCUGGAGCGGCUGACACAGGAGCAUAUUGAAAAUCAACGGAUGGAAGAGGCGACUAAAGAUGUUAAUGGAAAUUUGCACGCCUAA